AUGACUUCACCACAAUCCUACAAAGCCAGCUUGUCUACACAAACACAAAGUAGAAGUAUUUUCCCAUCGAACCUAGACGAUGCUCAAACACCGCUACUGCGCUCUUGGUCGCAGGAACAGGACGAUAAAUCCACAUCGCGCUGGACGCUAUGGAAGAAAAAGGGACACAAUUUCUGGCUCCAAAGUAAAGGCAUGAUCCUAGUACUGUUGUCGCAGUUCUUUGGCGCCAGCAUGAACGUUAUGACGCAGUAUCUCGAGAUUGACGGAGAGCGCGGUGCUGGAAUGGAUCCUUUUCAGAUCCUCUUCGCCCGUAUGUCUAUCACAGUCAUCGCCAGUUACCUCUACAUGUGGUACGCGCAAGUCCCCGACCCGCUAGGCCGUCGACCGGUCAUCGGCCUACUAACGCUACGAGCCGUGGGCGGUUUCUUCGGAGUCUUUGGACUAUACUACUCAGUCAAAUAUCUACCUCUCUCCGAAGCGACCGUCCUAACCUUUCUGGCGCCGAUCCUGAGUUGCUACGCGACCUCACACUUUGUGCCCCACGAGACAUUUACCUGGAAACAGCAGCUAGCAGGCGUAGUAUCGCUAGGCGGAGUCGUUCUCAUCGCGCGACCGUUUUCCUUCAUGAACGCACCCUCAGAUGGCCCCUCAGACAAAGACGGCGCGCAAGCCGACGAACUGCACCAUCUCCUUGCAAUCCUCAUGGCACUAGUCGGCGUGCUCGGCGCCGCCUGCGCAUACACCACAAUCCGCAUGAUCGGCAAACGCUCCCACCCGCUCGUCUCUGUCACUUACUUCUCCGUCUACUCAACGCUGAUCUCCUGCAUCGGCAUGGCUGUCCUGCCCUCCGUCGACUUCAAGCUGCCCUCGACGAGCAUCGAGUGGACGUUGCUGGUUGCGCUGGGGAUUUGCGGAUUUCUGUUGCAGUUCCUGCUGACUGCGGGGUUGGCGUAUGUUCCGCCGGGACAGGCAGCUGGGUCAGGGAAUCGCGCGACGUCGAUGGUGUAUACGCAGAUGCUGUUUGCGUUGUUUUACGAUAAGGUGAUUUGGGGGAAUACGCUAUCGGCGAUGAGCUGGGCGGGGUCCGGGUUGAUUCUGGUGAGUGCGAUUUAUGUGGCUAUGGCGAGGGAGCCGCAUGAUGAUGCGAGCGCUCAGCCGGAGGUGCAGCAUGCAGAUGAGAGGAAUGAGGGGAGAGAGGGUCCUAGCAUUUAG